GUCCCUGCCAAUUCUCAAGGGUAUUUUCUUUGUCUGAAAGAAGGCAAGACCAGUAAAGAAUUGUGUUUUCCAGAAGAGAAACUCAGAGGGCAGAAACUAGAGUGGACAGGUUUUUAAGGUACUACGCCUCUCCAAUUGUUUUUCCAAGUUACUGAGUCUUCUCACCCAACCAGGCCAAAAUGAAGAGUUGUUCACCCCCUGCUCUCAGAGUGCCUUUCUUCCUCCUCCUCCACCUCCAAGGUAAGAGCUGAUUAAGAGCUGAUGCCCAGCCACUGCUGAGGCACACCAUGGGCAGCUCCAGUCUAGGGCGGUUGCCUAGCUGUAGGCAGUCUGACGCCCAGCGACCCAAUCACCCCCGCUGAUCCCUGGAGCUAUUGUGCCUCCUGGGGUAGGCAGAACAGGUGGAGGCGGCGGAUGGGAACUAGUUCCGGGACAGUCUGAAAGGGCGGGCGAAGUGAGGGUGCGGGGCGAGGGAGAAGGAACGACCACGCGAUUCGAGAAGGAGCUGCCGCAGAAACGCCUCGCUCGCGGAUCACCUUGCGCUGACCUAGUUGAGCAGCGAAGGAACGAGCCCCAGCCAAGGAGGCAGGAGGGCGUGGCCGAGGGCGGGGGCGGAGCCUGGAGCGGGAUCUUUCUGGAGCUCGCCUGUGAUUCGCGGAUGCACUCGAGCCGGAAGCCGGCCGGGAGGCGUUGGCGGUGGCGGCGGCGCACGUGGUGACGUGCGAGGGGGUGCGGCGCGAGCGGGCGGCAGCGGCGGCAGCAGUGUCUCCCGAACGCGUGUGGAGGUCGGUCGGUCGCUCUCUCCCGCUCGCUCGCUUGCUCCGGGCUGCUGGGCGCAGUUUCUCCGCCUGCUGCUUCGGCGCGGCUGUGCCAGCGAACGAGCUAGUUAGUUCUUCCGAGCCCUCGGUGGCGCUGCAGCCUCCACGGACUGGCCGCCGGUCCUCCCGCUCCAUCGCUGUCCCCUCUCCGCCGCCUCGAGGACUUUCCGCUGGGCCAGUUCCCGCCCGCUUCCUCCGGCACCCCGUCGAAGCUCCAGAGAUGAAUUUUUCCAUCUCUUCAGAGAUGAACCAGAUUAUGAUGCAUGAUUAUCACAGAAGAAAUUCGUGUCUAUAGCUUUUAAGGACUUGAUUACAUCAUUUUCAAGCCUGAUAGUUUUGGAACCACCAUUAGAGCUUAAGACACAUCUACCGUCACCUCAACCACCUGUUUUCGGACCUUGACUGAGUGCUUCCUUUCAACACUCCUUUGUCUUUGGAUCAUUUGAGUUUGAAGUAGUACAUUUCUCACCAGUAUAUUAGCCAAAUUUAUAAGGAAAAAUGAUCCCCAAUGGGUAUUUGAUGUUUGAAGAUGAGAAUUUUAUUGAAUCUUCUGUUGCCAAAUUAAAUGCCUUGAGGAAAAGUGGCCAGUUCUGUGAUGUUCGACUUCAGGUCUGUGGCCAUGAGAUGUUAGCACACAGAGCAGUACUGGCUUGUUGCAGUCCCUAUUUAUUUGAAAUCUUUAAUAGUGAUAGUGAUCCUCACGGAGUUUCUCAUGUUAAAUUUGAUGAUCUCAAUCCAGAAGCUGUUGAAGUCUUGUUGAAUUAUGCGUACACUGCUCAGUUGAAAGCUGAUAAGGAAUUAGUGAAAGAUGUUUAUUCUGCAGCAAAAAAGCUGAAGAUGGACCGAGUAAAGCAGGUUUGUGGUGAUUAUUUACUAUCUAGAAUGGAUAUUACCAGCUGCAUUUCUUACCGAAAUUUUGCAAGUUGUAUGGGAGACUCCCGUUUGUUGAAUAAGGUUGAUGCUUAUAUUCAGGAACAUUUGCUACAAAUUUCAGAAGAGGAGGAAUUUCUUAAGCUUCCACGACUAAAGUUGGAGGUAAUGCUUGAAGAUAAUGUUUGCUUGCCCAGCAAUGGCAAAUUGUAUACAAAGGUAAUCAACUGGGUGCAGCGUAGCAUCUGGGAGAACGGAGACAGUCUGGAAGAGCUGAUGGAAGAGGUUCAAACCUUGUACUACUCAGCUGAUCACAAGCUGCUUGAUGGGAACCUACUAGAUGGACAGGCUGAGGUGUUUGGCAGUGAUGAUGACCACAUUCAGUUUGUGCAGAAAAAGCCACCACGUGAGAAUGGCCAUAAGCAGUUAAGUAGCAGUUCCACUGGAUGUGUCCCUUCUCCAAAUGCUACUGUACAAAGCCCUAAGCACGAGUGGAAAAUUGUUGCUUCAGAAAAGACUUCAAAUAACACUUACUUGUGCCUGGCUGUGCUGGAUGGUAUAUUCUGUGUAAUUUUUCUUCACGGGCGAAACAGCCCACAGAGCUCACCAACAAGUACUCCAAAACUAAUCAAGAGUCUAAGCUUUGAGAUGCCGCCAGACGAACUAAUAGAAAAGCCCAUGUCUCCUAUGCAGUAUGCACGGUCUGGUCUGGGGACAGCAGAGAUGAAUGGCAGACUCAUAGCAGCAGGUGGCUAUAACAGAGAGGAAUGUCUUCGAACAGUUGAAUGCUAUGAUCCACAUACAGAUCAUUGGUCCUUUCUUGCUCCCAUGAGAACACCAAGAGCUCGAUUUCAGAUGGCUGUACUCAUGGGUCAGCUCUAUGUGGUCGGUGGGUCGAAUGGCCACUCUGAUGACCUGAGUUGUGGAGAAAUGUAUGAUCCAAACAUUGAUGACUGGACCCCUGUACCAGAGUUGAGAACUAACCGUUGUAAUGCAGGAGUGUGUGCUCUCAAUGGAAAAUUAUACAUCGUUGGUGGCUCCGAUCCAUACGGUCAAAAAGGACUGAAAAAUUGUGAUGUAUUUGAUCCUAUAACAAAGUCAUGGACAAGCUGUGCUCCUCUUAACAUUCGUAGACACCAAUCUGCAGUUUGUGAGCUUGGUGGUUAUUUGUACAUCAUUGGAGGUGCAGAAUCUUGGAAUUGUCUGAACACAGUAGAGCGUUACAAUCCUGAAAAUAACACCUGGAGUUUAAUUGCACCCAUGAAUGUAGCUAGGCGAGGAGCUGGAGUAGCUGUUCUUGACGGAAAACUGUUUGUAGGUGGUGGCUUUGAUGGUUCUCAUGCUAUCAGUUGUGUGGAGAUGUACGAUCCAACCAGAAAUGAAUGGAAGAUGAUGGGAAACAUGACUUCACCGAGGAGCAACGCUGGCAUUGCAACUGUAGGGAACACCAUUUAUGCAGUGGGAGGAUUCGAUGGCAAUGAAUUUCUGAACACAGUGGAAGUCUAUAAUGCGGAAUCAAAUGAGUGGAGCCCUUAUACAAAGAUUUUCCAAUUUUAACAAACUUAAGACCCUCUCAAACUAACAGGCUUAGUGAUGUAAUUGUGUUAAGUAGAGGACACUUGUGAGUAAGGAGGGAGGGCGGGUAGAGAGUUGCUGACAGCAACACGAAGCUUUUGCAUAUUGCAUAUUAUUAAACAUGCUGUACAUAACUUUUGUGUUUGGAAAGGAAUGCAGAUGAAGGUCUGUUUUGUGUAGUUUCAAGAUUUCUUUGGUUAUUUUACUUUUUGGAAGUUGAUAUUGUAAAAGAAUAAACCGGAACUGAUUGGGCAGAUCAUUUCAAGAAGUCCCUCUCCUCCACAUUUGUUUGCCAGUUUGCACAUUAAAUGACUUUCCUCAGUCAUGUAUUAUGAGAUGGAGGGGGUAAGAUUUUAAACAUGUAGGCAGUUAGGAUUUUUAGGGACCCUUUUUCAAAUAACUGGAACAUUAUGUAGCAAAAGACACUUAAGUAGAUGACAGUGACUAUUUUUGUUUUUAUUAAAACAGCUGACAUGCCUACCAGUAUUUAAUCUUUUAUGAUUGCCUUUUUAUAGCUUUUUAUAUUCUCAGCAGAGUGCUUUAUCUGUUGAAGUAAAAUGUGACAGAUUCGAGUUACUGGAGCAGAGUGGCAGUCUUAAAGGAUGCAGAGUAGGGUGUUUUCAGUGCUCAGAAUGCAGUCUUGUAAGCAUUUGCCUCAGCUGCAUUUUUUUUUGGAGACUGCAGUGUCAUUUAUUUGAAUGGAGUUGCUGAACAGUAACAUAGUGAUGACUUGGUAUUUCAAACACUGGUCUGAAUUAUUUUAACUUGGUGAAGGCAGGACAUCUAAUACAUAGCAGCAAAAAAAAAAAAAAACAAGUAUUUUACCUUCUGAAUAAUUCCUCUUUUUAUUUAUCAUUAACAAAACAGUCCUAAAUGGAAGCACUUGAUUAAAAAAUUACUUUAUUGGAUUUGUGAAUGCAGCUUUUUAUCAGAACUACAUUUUGUUCAGUUUUUCUGUUCACAUGGGUAAAUACUGGUUGGAAUGACUUGAUGUCUAAUGCGUAGUGCUACACAUAGAACUUACAGUGCCAAAACUAACACGUCCUAAUGCUUGCUGCAGAUGCAAACAUAGCUGCACUGUUGCGUUAUUGUCCAAAUGUUGUUUGCAUACUCAAAGUCUGGGGACAUUUUUUUUUCCCAGUAAGAAGAACUUAAGGUAUUUGUAGAAAAGAUUGACCUGGCUUCUUACAGCUACUAGAGUAAGGGGUAAUGUAAGGUUGUUUUAUUUUUCCCCCACAGAAGAUGAAGAGGCAUGCAGGAACCUAAUGAGCCAGUUUGAAUGAAGUUCUAACUAUUCACUGCUAAGUUGGGUUAUGAAAACAUUAGGUAUUUCUUGAAACGUUCUGCUAGUCCUUUGCCACCUUGUUUCUCUCAUAUUUCACAAAGAACCACCAAGAAAGGAAAUCAGUGCACUUGGUUACUGUGUAGUUCCUGACUAACCAUCUAUGUUGGUUUAUUUCUGGACUAAAACUAGUUUAGCAGGUUAGCAGAUUUGAAUUUGCCUAAUAUGACUAUUCUUUAUAUGGAUAUGUGUAUGUUCUAUUCAACACAAGGAAAUAAAGUUUUAGAAGAGGA